AUCUUGCAGCUUGCCAUCUAUUCUGAAUGACAGUAGUGGAAUAAAGGAAGCGAAACCCACUCUAUGGCUCAACAGUGUUCUUACAAGGGAACAAGACGUUUCAAGUGGCUGCGGAGACGAGAGCAAGGAAGAGAGCAUGGCAGCAAAGAUUCCAAUCACAGAAACAAAAGCCUACCAGUUGCUGAAGUGGUCUACCCUUCAGGAUAAUACAAAUCAAACUGAAGACAGGUUCCAAAAGGCAGAUGCUUCUGCAUCACAACUGUCAGGAGGCGACAAGAGAGUAGCACCUCCCUCGGAGCCUUACAGCCAGUUAGCAGACACACGUGGUUGGAAGGUGACUCCACAAAUCUGUGUUUGGUUUGAAUAUUGGCAGCGGUACAUUCAAGACAAAGACAACUAACAAAAUCGCUUCGGAAGCUAGUUUUUCAUCUAGUGAAGGAAGUCGUUUGUCAA